AUGCCACCCAAGUCUGUUCGAGCGCGCCCCAAGUCCGGCGGCGCAGCAGACUUUGAAAGACCAACAACAAGGGAAGGCGACGCCGGCCCUUCAACGACAACGACAUCGCCAGCAAUAACAAGAAGUCCCAAGGCUACAAAAACAGCACCAUCGCCAGCUCAAGGCAAAAAGCGCAAGGCUACCGCCACCGCAGGUCGGGUCGGAAAACAGCCCGCGGCCAAGAAACCUCGAACGUCGAAUAUACAACCCGGCGACCCAACCCCAACAGGACGCCGCCGCCGCUACAAGCCCGGCACCGUCGCUCUCAAAGAAAUCCGCAAAUACCAACGCUCCUUCGACCUCCUCCUACUCAAACUCCCCUUUGCGCGUCUCGUUCGUGAAGUCGCGCUCGACUUGUUGCCCGCGGAAGUAGGUGCCGAGCUGCGCUGGCAAUCUCACGCUAUCCAGGCCCUCCAGGAAGCCGCCGAAGCGUUUCUCGUGCAUUUGUUUGAGGAUACGAAUCUGUGCGCUAUCCAUGCGAAGCGUGUCACUAUUAUGCAAAAGGAUAUUCAGCUAGCGAGGCGGAUUCGGGGAAUGUGGGGAGGGUUGGGCUAUUGA